CCUGCCUUCCCUCUCGUUCUGUCGUGCGUUUCUCUUCGACCACCCAGCGCUCGUCUGCUCGUCCUCCCAGAAAAGACAGUUGUAUGUCUAAAAGCGACGAUAUGGCCACUGCCCCUAAACCGACCGAGCGUCCUGCCGACAUCAAGAUCAUCCUCCUUGGAGACAGCGCCGUCGGCAAGUCCAAGCUGAUCGAGCGGUUUCUGCUGAACGACUUCAAGCCCCACCAACUCUCGACCUACGCGUUGACGCUCUAUCGCCACACCUGUCCGCAUCCCGCCGAGCCCGGAACACUCAUCAACGUCGAGUUCUGGGACACGGCCGGACAGGAGCGGUUCCAAAGCAUGCACGCUUCGUACUAUGCUGGCGCGCACUGCUGCAUCUUUGUCUUUGACGUCACUCGCAAGAUCACCUACAAGAACCUGGAGCGAUGGUACGAGGAGUGGAUCUCGUAUCGGGGCUAUGGCGCUCCCGUCAUCGUCGUGGCCAACAAGAUCGACAUGGACCCCAGCCGGGCCAAAAAGUCCUUUGCCUUUGUCGAGCGGGUGCGGUCUCAGCGGGGCCAAGACGACGACUCGCCCUUCUACUUUGUCAGCGCCAGCGACGGCUCCAACGUCGUUCCGCUCUUCAAGGAGGCCAUUCGACGGGCCUGUGCGUACAAAGAAGUCGGUGCUGCUCCGGGAAAGGAGACCUUUGUCGACGAGAUUCUGAGAUUCCUCGAGGAGGAGGAGAAGCCGGGAGGCUUGUUUGACAAGGAGCGACAGAGCCCGACAGUCUCGGCGGACUGCGACACCGAAUAGACCAAAGACACACCAGAUGACGAAACGAAGGAGGGGCCUCGGACAGUGCUUGCUUCCAACGACAAAAGACGCUCCCGGCACAACCAAGAGGGCCGCAUGCCGACACUGCGAGUGGGCGAUAGGCCGAAAAUAUAGUUGGAUGGCAUCACGCACUUUUGUGG